GAUCUAGUGUUAAAUGUAGAUCCAGGUCUUUUGCGAGCCAUGAAACGCAAGGAAGAAGCUGCGAAGGACAGGUGCUGCAGCAGCUUAGAACCGAUCCAUCUCGAUUUAAAGCAGACUAGGUUUCCUGCGAAGUUUCUGAUGAAGACACACCAAAAGAAACUCCUUUGCCGAGUCGAAUCCCUGGUUUUGUUGGGAACUGCCAUCAAGCGCGAGGUUGAUCAGAAAGACAAGCUAGAUCCGAUCCCUUUCGAUGUAGAGGUGGAGAUACUGACUAGAUUGCCGGCAAAGUCUCUGAUGAAGUUCCAAUACGUGUCCAAGAUGUGGUCUUUCAUCAUCCGAAGCCAGAGAUUCGUGGAUUCCUACUAUGCUUUGUCCUCGACGCGAUCGCGUUUUAUAGUCACUUUCAGUAACGGUUUAUUCGCCGAGGAUGAUGCCAGGCGUUUGUUCAUCUUCUCCUCUUCGUACGAGGAAGAGAAAUCUUCUUCUUUAGUUGUCAAGCUUGACAUUACAAUACCUUUUGUGACCAUGGAUUACCGCUCCAAAUGCCCUUCCAUCCACGGCUUUGUCAGUUGUUGUAAUGGCCCUCAGUUCAUUGUAUGUAACCCCAGCACGAGGCAAGUCAUUACCUUACCCAUUAAAGGACCCCGCGCUUCCUUGGGAUAUGAUCCUGUUGGUGAACAAUUCAAAGUGUUGAAUCUGGUGUCGUCUCCUGACAUGUAUCUUGGUUUUCUAGUGCACGAGGUUAUAACACUUGGAGGAGGAGGAGAAGAAUCACGCAAUCAGGUUACUACCGCUCCUUAUUACCCUGUAACCAAGGGACUUUACAUCAAUGGUUCCAUCUAUCAUGGUGCUUGGGCCCCUAGACUAAGAAUGGAUCCGGUGAUUGUGUGUUUUGAUGUUAGAUAUGAGAGCCUAAGUUUUAUCAAAGUGCCUAGGCUUGUUGUGGUUUGGGAGCGUGAAUCAAUAUUGAUAGAUUACAAAGGGAAGUUAGCUUCGAUUGCAAUAAACCCAUAUGCUCCUUUCCAAAUUUUUUAUUUAUGGAUAUUAGAAGAUGUCAACAAACAUGAUUGGUCCAAGCAAACAUUUGAGCUUCCCUUCUCUUUGGUCAAUAUGACUUCCCCGGGCACCAACAAGGCUGGGGAAAUCAUUUUUGCCCCAAAGACUCUCCCACCCACUGUUCAACCCUUCUUCAUUUUCUACUACAAUGUAGAAACAAAAGACCUCAGAAGAGUUAGCCUCCAUGGAAUUGCAGACGAUAAAGAGUUUUGGCGCCGAUAUGGACUCAGACACAAUAUGUGCCAACAGGAGAAUGAGGUUCAUCCUCAUGGAAACGUGGUGGGAAUUGAUGAUGUUGUUGAUCAGGAGGUGGAGCACCAUCAGAUUCAUGGAGACGUUGUGGAGCAAAUUGUCAAUAACCAGCAACAGGAGAAUGAGGUUCAUGCUCAUGGAAACGUGGUGGGAAUUGAUGAUGUUGUUGAUCAGGAGGUGGAGCACCAUCAGAUUCAUGGAGACGUUGUGGAGCAAAUUGUCAAUAACCAGCAACAGGAGAAUGAGGUUCAUGCUCAUGGAAACGUGGUGGGAGUUGAUCAUGUUGUUGAUCAGGAGGUGGAGCACCAUCAGAUUCAUGGAGACGUUGUGGAGCAAAUUGUCAAUAACCAGCAACAGGAGAAUGAGGUUCAUGCUCAUGGAAACGUGGUGGGAGUUGAUCAUGUUGUUGAUCCAGAGGUGGAGCAACAUCAGAUUCAUGGAGACGUUGUGGAGCAAAUUGUCAAUAACCAGCAACAGGAGAAUGAGGUUCAUGCUCAUGGAAACGUGGUGGGAGUUGAUCAUGUUGUUGAUCAGGAGGUGGAGCACCAUCAGAUUCAUGGAGACGUUGUGGAGCAAAUUGUCAAUAACCAGCAACAGGAGAAUGAGGUUCAUGCUCAUGGAAACGUGGUGGGAGUUGAUCAUGUUGUUGAUCAGGAGGUGGAGCACCAUCAGAUUCAUGGAGACGUUGUGGAGCAAAUUGUCAAUAACCAGCAACAGGAGAAUGAGGUUCAUGCUCAUGGAAACGUGGUGGGAGUUGAUCAUGUUGUUGAUCAGGAGGUGGAGCACCAUCAGAUUCAUGCAGACGUUGUGGAGCAAAUUGUCAAUAACAAGCAACAGGAGAAUGAGGUUCAUGCUCAUGGAAACGUGGUGGGAGUUGAUCAUGUUGUUGAUCAGGAGGUGGAGCACCAUCAGAUUCAUGGAGACGUUGUGGAGCAAAUUGUCAAUAACCAGCAACAGGAGAAUGAGGUUCAUGCUCAUGGAAACGUGGUGGGAGUUGAUCAUGUUGUUGAUCAGGAGGUGGAGCACCAUCAGAUUCAUGGAGACCAACAGGAGAAUGAGGUUCAUGCUCAUGGAAACGUGGUGGGAGUUGAUCAUGUUGUUGAUCAGGAGGUGGAGCACCAUCAGAUUCAUGGAGACGUUGUGGAGCAAAUUGUCAAUAACCAGGAGAAUGAGGUUCAUGCUCAUGGAAACGUGGUAGGAAUUGAUGAUGUUGUUGAUCAGGAGGUGGAGCACCAACAGAUUCAUGGAGACGUUGUGGAGCAAAUUGUCAAUAACCAGCAACAGGAGAAUGAGGUUCAUGCUCAUGGAAACGUGGUGGGAGUUGAUCAUGUUGUUGAUCAGGAGGUGGAGCACCAUCAGAUUCAUGGAGACGUUGUGGAGCAAAUUCAACAGGAGAAUGAGGUUCAUGCUCAUGGAAACGUGGUGGGAGUUGAUCAUGUUGUUGAUCAGGAGGUGGAGCACCAUCAGAUUCAUGGAGACGUUGUGGAGCAAAUUGUCAAUAACCAGCAACAGGAGAAUGAGGUUCAUGCUCAUGGAAACGUGGUGGGAGUUGAUCAUGUUGUUGAUCAGGAGGUGGAGCACCAUCAGAUUCAAGGAGACGUUGUGGAGCAAAUUCAACAGGAGAAUGAGAAUGAGGUUCAUUCUCAUGGAAACGUGGUGGGAGUUGAUCAUGUUGUUGAUAAGGAGGUGGAGCACCAUCAGAUUCAUGGAGACCAACAGGAGAAUGAGGUUCAUGCUCAUGGAAACGUGGUGGGAGUUGAUCAUGUUGUUGAUCAGGAGGUGGAGCACCAUCAGAUUCAUGGAGACCAACAGGAGAAUGAGGUUCAUGCUCAUGGAAACGUGGUGGGAGUUGAUCAUAUUGUUGAUGAGGUGGUGGAGCACCAUCAGAUUCAUGGAGACGUUGUGGAGCAAAUUGUCAAUAACCAGCAACAGGAGAAUGAGGUUCAUCCUCAUGGAAACGUGGUGGGAAUUGAUGAUGUUGUUGAUCAGGAGGUGGAGCACCAUCAGAUUCAUGGAGACGUUGUGGAGCAAAUUGUCAAUAACCAGCAACAGGAGAAUGAGGUUCAUGCUCAUGGAAACGUGGUGGGAAUUGAUGAUGUUGUUGAUCAGGAGGUGGAGCACCAUCAGAUUCAUGGAGACGUUGUGGAGCAAAUUGUCAAUAACCAGCAACAGGAGAAUGAGGUUCAUGCUCAUGGAAACGUGGUGGGAGUUGAUCAUGUUGUUGAUCAGGAGGUAGAGCACCAUCAGAUUCAUGGAGACGUUGUGGAGCAAAUUGUCAAUAACCAGCAACAGGAGAAUGAGGUUCAUGCUCAUGGAAACGUGGUGGGAGUUGAUCAUGUUGUUGAUCCAGAGGUGGAGCAACAUCAGAUUCAUGGAGACGUUGUGGAGCAAAUUGUCAAUAACCAGCAACAGGAGAAUGAGGUUCAUGCUCAUGGAAACGUGGUGGGAGUUGAUCAUGUUGUUGAUCAGGAGGUGGAGCACCAUCAGAUUCAUGGAGACGUUGUGGAGCAAAUUGUCAAUAACCAGCAACAGGAGAAUGAGGUUCAUGCUCAUGGAAACGUGGUGGGAGUUGAUCAUGUUGUUGAUCAGGAGGUGGAGCACCAUCAGAUUCAUGGAGACGUUGUGGAGCAAAUUGUCAAUAACCAGCAACAGGAGAAUGAGGUUCAUGCUCAUGGAAACGUGGUGGGAAUUGAUGAUGUUGUUGAUCAGGAGGUGGAGCACCAUCAGAUUCAUGGAGACGUUGUGGAGCAAAUUGUCAAUAACCAGCAACAGGAGAAUGAGGUUCAUGCUCAUGGAAACGUGGUGGGAAUUGAUGAUGUUGUUGAUCAGGAGGUGGAGCACCAUCAGAUUCAUGGAGACGUUGUGGAGCAAAUUGUCAAUAACCAGCAACAGGAGAAUGAGGUUCAUGCUCAUGGAAACGUGGUGGGAGUUGAUCAUGUUGUUGAUCAGGAGGUGGAGCACCAUCAGAUUCAUGGAGACGUUGUGGAGCAAAUUGUCAAUAACCAGCAACAGGAGAAUGAGGUUCAUGCUCAUGGAAACGUGGUGGGAGUUGAUCAUGUUGUUGAUCCAGAGGUGGAGCAACAUCAGAUUCAUGGAGACGUUGUGGAGCAAAUUGUCAAUAACCAGCAACAGGAGAAUGAGGUUCAUGCUCAUGGAAACGUGGUGGGAGUUGAUCAUGUUGUUGAUCAGGAGGUGGAGCACCAUCAGAUUCAUGGAGACGUUGUGGAGCAAAUUGUCAAUAACCACCAACAGGAGAAUGAGGUUCAUGCUCAUGGAAACGUGGUGGGAGUUGAUUAUGUUGUUGAUCAGGAGGUGGAGCACCAUCAGAUUCAUGGAGACGUUGUGGAGCAAAUUGUCAAUAACCAGCAACAGGAGAAUGAGGUUCAUGCUCAUGGAAACGUGGUGGGAGUUGAUCAUGUUGUUGAUCCAGAGGUGGAGCAACAUCAGAUUCAUGGAGACGUUGUGGAGCAAAUUGUCAAUAACCAGCAACAGGAGAAUGAGGUUCAUGCUCAUGGAAACGUGGUGGGAGUUGAUCAUGUUGUUGAUCAGGAGGUGGAGCACCAUCAGAUUCAUGGAGACGUUGUGGAGCAAAUUGUCAAUAACCAGCAACAGGAGAAUGAGGUUCAUGCUCAUGGAAACGUGGUGGGAGUUGAUCAUGUUGUUGAUCAGGAGGUGGAGCACCAUCAGAUUCAUGGAGACGUUGUGGAGCAAAUUGUCAAUAACAAGCAACAGGAGAAUGAGGUUCAUGCUCAUGGAAACGUGGUGGGAGUUGAUCAUGUUGUUGAUCAGGAGGUGGAGCACCAUCAGAUUCAUGGAGACGUUGUGGAGCAAAUUGUCAAUAACCAGCAACAUGAGAAUGAGGUUCAUGCUCAUGGAAACGUGGUGGGAGUUGAUCAUGUUGUUGAUCCAGAGGUGGAGCAACAUCAGAUUCAUGGAGACGUUGUGGAGCAAAUUGUUAAUAACCAGCAACAGGAGAAUGAGGUUCAUGCUCAUGGAAACGUGGUGGGAGUUGAUCAUGUUGUUGAUCAGGAGGUGGAGCACCAUCAGAUUCAUGGAGACCAACAGGAGAAUGAGGUUCAUGCUCAUGGAAACGUGGUGGGAGUUGAUCAUGUUGUUGAUCAGGAGGUGGAGCACCAUCAAAUUCAUGGAGACGUUGUGGAGCAAAUUGUCAAUAACCAGCAACAGGAGAAUGAGGUUCAUGCUCAUGGAAACGUGGUGGGAGUUGAUCAUGUUGUUGAUCCAGAGGUGGAGCACCAUCAGAUUCAUGGAGACGUUGUGGAGCAAAUUGUCAAUAACCAGGGGAAUGAGGUUCAUGCUCAUGGAAACGUGGUGAGAAUUGAUGAUCUUGUUGAUCAGGAGGUGGAGCACCAUCAGAUUCAUGGAGAGCAAAUUGUCAAUAACCAGAAUCAGGCUCAUGGAAUCGUGGAUGACUGGUAUGACAUUUUCGGCCAUCUUGGGGAUAUUUGAACCAAGUUGAGGAGUUUUUAAAGUGUUUUGAGCUUGAAGACUUUUAGCUAAUAUUGCUUGGAUUUAGUUUGUAUUUCAGACUAGUCUCGUCCUAUCUUU